AUGCCUACCCCUAGCUUCUAUGUACCAAAGAAGAACCAGCCAAAUCAUCCUCCAGCUAAAGGCCUUCACAUCCAAAAAUGGGACAAAACUUAUGUCGCGGUCAGGCAACUCAGCGGAUUUGCAGCUGAUGACGCUAUUCCAAAAGAAGCUGCUGCCCUGAAUGCCAGUAUUGCUGGCACUAAAUGGGCAGCAGCCAUUGACAAAAGCAAGAGGGCAGAUAAUACUACGAUUUACAGAGUCGCGCAAUAUAACUCCCCAUUUGAGUUCAAGAGCAGAGUUAAUGAGAUGUGGUUUACUUUUUAUAUGGACAAAGCACCUGCCUUUUGCGGGGCUCCUGUUCUGAAGCUUGACAUUUGA